AUGCCUUCAUUCACCGUUUACAAGGGCUCCAAGGAGGGCGCCAUCAAGAAGAGCACGACGACCAAGCCGGAUGAGCUCCGCGGCGACGAGGUGCUGCUGCGCGUGACCGCGUCUGGCCUGUGCGGCACUGAUCUCCACUACACACAUAAGGACAUGGUCCUCGGCCACGAGGGCUCUGGCGUCGUCGAGGCGGUGGGCCCGGAUGUCCAGACGCUGGCCAAGGGCGACCGUGUCGGCUGGGGCUACCAGACGGGCGCCUGUGGCCGGUGCAAGGAGUGCCUGAGCGGCCACGACACCUACUGCGCCCGCCGCCAGGUGUACGGCGCCGCCAACCUGGACCAGGGCAGCUUCGCGUCGCACGCGGUGUGGCGCGAGGCGUUCUUGCACAAGCUGCCGGAGGGCCUCAGCGACGAGCACGCGGCGCCGCUCCAGUGCGGCGGCGCGACUGUGUUUGCGGCCCUCCAGGACCUCGCGCCGGGCGCCACGGUCGGCGUGCUGGGCGUUGGCGGCCUCGGCCACCUGGCGAUCCAGUUCGCGGCCAAGAUGGGCUGCCGCGUGGUGGUGCUGUCCGGGUCGAGCGCCAAGCGCGCGCAGGCGCAGCAGCUGGGCGCGCACAAGUUUGUGGCGACCAACGAGGGCCAGACGCUGGGCGACGACGGCGAGGGCUGGACGAUUGACCGGCUGCUGGUGACGUCGUCGGUGCAGCCCAAGUGGGAGACGCUGCUUCCGAUGAUGAGCAUGCGGUCGCAGGUCUACCCGCUGUCGGUGUCGGCGGGCGACCUGGUGAUUCCGUACAUGCCGCUGAUUAACCAGGGCAUCCGGGUCCAGGGCUCGCUCGUGGCGGACCGGGUGGUGCACCGGGAGAUGCUCAAGUUUGCGGCGCUUCAUGGCGUCAAGCCCAUCACAGAGACGUUCCCGAUGACGGAGCAGGGCAUCACGGAAGCGAUUGACAAGCUGGAGGCCGGCAAGAUGACCUACCGUGGUGUCCUCGUGCCAUCCGCCUAG